CGGGAGCGUGACGUCACAUCCCCUUGACCCUCCAAUCACCUCGGCCUCCCAUUUGAUUGGAAGGCGGCAAAGGCUUUAAUCUCCCGACUAAUUCAGCUGCUCGGGAAGCGCCCGGGCUCCGCCAGAGAAGGCGAGGCUGAGGCUGGGGCCGGGGCUGCGGCUGGGCGAGGAGCAGCAGGAGGCGAGAGGCCGAGGAGAGCCCGCCGGGCCAGGGAAGGCAGCCCGCCAGGCAGGCAGGCAGGAGGGAGACGGGGCGGCGGCGAGAAAGGCUCGGGGUCUUCUCCCACCCCUCCCCGGGACACAAAAGCCCCCCCCCCAAAAAAAAACCAGGACAAGCGCCGUACAAAACCACGGAUUUAUUUCUGCUGGGUCGCCGCCGGUGGACGCCUCGGAGUUGCCCUUGCCCGAAUUUGGGAAAGCCAAAGAAAAGGAAAAGCCAAGACUUUGGGGGAGGGGGACAAAAAGGCUUUGGAGGGAGCGUCUCCUGCCGCUGCUGCUUCCCCCGAGGUUGCAAAGGGGCGUCUCCGCGGGGGGAUCGCCCGCCCUCCCUCCCUCCCGCCUUUCCCCCUCCCCCCGUGCCCGAAGUCGCGCGUGGCAGCCGCAGAAGCCCCGCUUCGGUUCCUGAGCAGCGGCGGCGGCGGCGGCAGCGGCGCCGUGCCCCCCCGCGAGUUUUCAUGCCAGGCUUUGGGUCAUGAUUACAGCCCCCGCGCUUUCUGCCGUAAGAAGUAGUCCGCGCGGAGGAGGAGGAGGCGGAGGCGGAGGAGGCGCGGCAGAGCUCGGCGGCGGCGGCGGCGCGGAGCUUCCGUGGCGGAGCGGAGUCGCCGGGAUCCUUCCUGGCGGCGGCAUCGGCGGCAAAGCUUUCUUCCACGCCAUCCCCCCGUCGGACCCCCUGCGCCAGGCCAACCGCCUGCCCAUCAGAGUCCUGAAAAUGCUCACCGCCCGGACCGGACACAUUUUGCACCCGGAGUAUCUCCAGCCGCUGCCUUCCACGCCGGUCAGCCCCAUCGAGCUGGACGCCAAGAAGAGCCCGCUGGCCCUCCUGGCGCAGACCUGCUCCCAGAUCGGCAAGCCGGACCCCUCGCCCUCCUCCAAGCUCUCCAGCGUCACCUCCGGCGGCGGCCAAGGCGGCGACAAGGAGGCGGCCAAGGCGGCGCCCUUGAAGCUCAGCGACAUCGGCGCCGAGGACAAGUCCAGCUUCAAGCCCUACGCCAAGCCCGGCGCGGACAAGAAGGACGCCUCGGCCGGCGGAGGGCCCGCCGCCGCCUCCUCCUCCUCCUCCUCCGGGGGCAGCGCGGGCGGCGGCGGCGAGAAGUCGGGCUUCCGAGUGCCGAGCGCCACCUGCCCGCCGUUCACGCCCAGGACAGGCAGCCCCAGCUCCGGCGCCUCGGCCUGCUCGCCCGGCCUGCUGCCCGGCGGAGAGAGCAAGGGCGGCGGCGAGGCGGAGAAGAAGGAGGCGGCGGACGGCGGCGGCGGCGGCAAGGGCGCUUCCGACGGCUCCGCCCGCCUGGCCGCCGUCGGCGGGGUCGGGGCCCUCUCGGCGGCCGAGCUGAGCCAGGCCCACGAGGGCGCCAAGGGGCUGCUGGCCGCCCCCUGCUCGACGGCCGAGGCCUCCUGCAGCGCCGUCCCGUCCUCGGUGGCCGCCGCCGUCUCGAUGCUGGGCUCGGCCGGCCUGGUGGCGCCCGUCUCCCCCUACAAGCCGGGCCAGACCGUCUUCCCGCUCCCGCCGGCCGGCAUGAGCUACCCGGGCUCGCUGGCCGGCGCCUACGCGGGCUACCCGCCGCAGUUCCUGCAGCCGGGCGUGGCGCUCGACCCCGGCAAGGCCGGCGGCGCGGGGGGCGGCGGGGGCGGCAAGGCGGCGGGCUCCAGCCCCCUGGCCGGCGCCUCGCCCCCGUCGGUCAUGACGGCCAGCCUGUGCCGCGACCCCUACUGCCUGAGCUACCACUGCGCCGCCAGCCACCUGGCCGCCGGCGCCUCCUGCGCCCACGAGCAGGCGCUGAAGGCGGGCGGCUACCCGCUGGUCUACUCGGCGCCGCCGCUGCCCGCCGGGCCGCCCUCGCUGGCCGGCCACCCGCUCUACCCCUACGGCUUCCUGCUGCCCAACGACCCCCAGCCGCACAGCUGCAACUGGGUCUCGGCCAACGGGCCCUGCGACAAGCGCUUCGCCACCUCGGAGGAGCUGCUCAGCCACCUGCGGACUCACACGGCCUUCCCCGGCCCGGCCGAGAAACUGCUCGCCGGCUACCCCAGCUCCAGCUCGCUGGCCGCCGCCGCCGCCGCCGCCGCCAUGGCCUGCCACAUGCACGUGCCCACCUCGGCGGCCGGAGGGCCGGGCAGCCCCGGCGCGCUGGCCUUGCGCAGCCCGCACCACGCCUUGGGACUCAGCAGCCGCUACCACCCCUACUCCAAGAGCCCCCUGCCCACCCCCGGAGCCCCCGUCCCGGUCCCGGCCGCCACUGGACCCUAUUACUCCCCUUACGCACUCUAUGGGCAAAGACUGACGACAGCCUCGGCGCUGGGAUACCAGUGAGUUGUUUUUUCCGCCCCGCGGGGGGAGAGAGACGCCUGAGGUUGGGGUUGCUUUUUUUUCUUGGGGGGGGCGGGGGGCGGCAGGGGCGAUUUGAAACCAGGCUUUCGAGGGCGGGAAGAGAGAGAGAGAGAGAAGGAAAGACGGCCCAGCGUCCCUUGGAAAAGUUUCUUAAGAAUCCAUUGACCAGACAAAUGGUAAAAUCGGACGGUUUUUUUAAAAUAAAUAUAUAUAUAAAGAUAGUGUUCAUCUUGAGGACUGGAUCCAUGGGCACUGUAUUUAUUUAUGUUAGCUUCAAGCGGGACGAUGAAUCCGUAAAAAAAAAAGGAAAGGAAAAAAGUGCAUUAUCUAAUUUCAGCUUUGAUAGGCUUCGAGGAGAGCAAAACAAAACAAAGUGGAAACACCCGUUGUAGAAUAUAAAUCAAUAAAAAGAAAACGAGAAA